AUGUCAGUUCGAGAACUGUCCAAGAAUCCCAUAAAAUUGAAUGCUUUCCUGCGCGCCUGGAAGUUAAUCACUGCCCUGCCAACAGAUAAUCCAAACUCAUUCUGGAACAUAGCUGGUUUCCAUGGAGCACCGUUCGUACCCCCAAAAACACCUCUUCCAGACCUCAAAUAUUGGGGAGGUUGGUGUCAGCACAACAAUGUCUUGUUCCCCACCUGGCACCGCUUCCAUAUGUUGAGUUUAGAGCAAGCCCUGAGGACGGUAUGUCCAGAGGAUGACGUGACCCUGCCAUACUGGGACGCAACCUCGGAGGAAUCAAUGAAGGAAGGCAUCCCGAAACUACUAACAGAUGAUACAGUUGAAAUCGACGGAAAAAAAGUGACCAAUCCACUACGCAGUUACACCCUGCCGAUGGCUUUAGGUCGAGCAGAUGACCAAGAGGAAUAUUAUUAUGAAAAACCGAAAGGAUAUGAAACCGUCCGAUAUCCUUACUCAGGGAUCUGUAGUCCGAAGAAGGCAAAGCUUAUUGCAGAUGCACAUAACAAGCAGGUGCCCAAGACCCUAUUGAAGCGUGGUAACAAACAUGCAGUGGAUGCUUUGAACGAUAAUGUAAUAGAAUGGCUCAACCGCGGCGAGCUUGACCAAGGCAAGAAAACCAGAGGUAUAGAACCAAACAGUGUUUACGUUCGGUUCGAAACGUGUCUUAGUGCCAGCAACUAUAACACAUUUUCGAAUCGUCACUCCCAGUGUUUGAAUGGGGUCAUGGACGUUUCCGUUGAAUGUCCACAUGACUCACUGCACUUGGCAAUUGGUGGAUAUGACAUGAAAAAAAAGGAUGAAAAAGGACGGUCCAAACGAUCAAGGUUUGGGCUGAUCGUGGGAGCAAAUGGAGACAUGGGCGAAAACGAGACGGCUGCGUUCGAUCCGAUAUUCUUCUUUCAUCACUGCAACAUCGAUCGCAUGUUUUGGGUUUGGCAGAAGAAAAAUGGAUUCAUUGACAACUUCGACAUUGAUCCAAAUGAUAAAAGGGGCACCAAUCCUAACGAAGGCCAAGGAUAUACACACGGUCAGGCACCUGAUGAAAAGCUGUCGAUGGACACCCCUCUCUAUCCUUUCCAGGCUCCAAAUGGGGUUCAAGUCACAUCGAUGCAUUGCAUCAACAUUAAGAGACAGCUUGGGUACACCUACACAAAGGGAUCAUUCGAUGGAGAUUUUCCUGAAUAUGAAGGAAAAUGCCAGCUGAAAAAAAACCACUUUGCUGUAAAAAACCUUAAAAAGAUUAAAACUGAACUACGCAAAGCUGAUAAAGAAAAGAUGAAAACUGACAAAGAAAAUCUACAGGGUCCAUCACGUCUAUUCUUCGAUGUGACGAAUGUCAAGAAGUGGAGCACUAAGAAACCGACACAAUCAUUUCAGUUUCCGUCAAGUGGUUUUGAAUGGGUUGGCAGUUACCUGUUGAAGGUCAACAACAUUGACCAAGACAGGUAUAAGGGCUCCUUCCUGGUUCGAGCCUAUUACAAGAACAAAAAGCAGUUCAUUGGUCAAAGGUCAUUCCUGAAUCGCUUCGAACGGCGCGUUUGCAGAAACUGCCAGUUUCAUCGAUUUCUUGAUGUUUUCUUCAAUUUGAACAGAAUAAACCUGACUCUGCCCUUGCUGGUCAGCAACUUCAAGGUUGAGGUCGUUUCAAAGAAUUAUGACAAAGGUAAACAAAAAAUAACCAAUUUAUCCUUCGCAAAGGCAACGAGGAAAGACACAGACCGAAAACCAUACUUGACAUUUCAUAAUGUGUUCACAGGAAAGCUUGUUCGGCCCCAAGAGAUAGUUACGCGCCGCGGUCGCAAGGUAAAAAAUCCCGACAGAUAUGCUAGCCAGUAA